AUGAAAAGGACGACUGCGGAUCUUCAUGCCUCUAACGUGCCGUCACCGAUACUACUUGAAGCAGCAGGUAAGCGGUGCUUCGUUAGCGACGCGACUGAUCCUAUUGAGAGGCGUAUCGCUCGUGCAGAGUAUCUGGCCAAAUUACGGUACUUGAUGCCCCUCGGUGGCAAGUCCAUUCCUGAAGUCGAGGAAAGAGACAUUUAUGUUACUGUGCGGGAUAAUUAUGAGGUAAGAGUGAGAAUCUACACACCGACUGGGGGUCGACGUUUACAAGGAGGUGGACCUUUAAUGCUCAUGUUUCACGAAGGAGGAUGGACGGCCGGAGAUCUGAGUGACGAAGAGCUGAAUUGUAGAUUGUUUGCACACGUGACCAAAUGGGUGACGGAAAAUGCUGUAUCUCUUGGUGCAGAACCUUCCAAAGGUUUCAUUGUUGGAGGCAGUUCAGCAGGUGGUAAUAUUUCUGCCGUUCUUGCCCAGUUGUCAAGGUUGGGCUAUUUCAAAGUACCUAUCACAGGUCAAUAUUUGUCGGUGCCACUCAUAGCACCAUUAGAGCUGUAUCCGCAGAAAUACAAGGAAGAUCUCCUAAGCCCGUAUGAGAACAUGGACGAUCCAGUUCUCCGUUAUGUGGGCGCUCAAAGGCUGAAGGAUCUCCAGACCAGGCUGAACGUCGAUACAGAAUCGAAUCUGUUUUCACCCCUGGCACGACCAUCAUAUCCGCCAAGUCUCGUGGAGGAUACGUUUCCACUGGCACCAGCCUAUAUGCAGGUGGCAGGUCUAGAUCCGCUAAGAGAUCAUGCAUUGAUAUAUGAUCGCAUACUCCGUGAUGAGUUCGAGGUUGAGACCAAGGUCGAUUUAUAUGAUGGGUUUGGACACAUGUUUUGGACCAAUUGGCCAGAGUUAAAAGAGAGUCACGCAUUUGUUGAUGAUACUGUCAAAGGCAUCCGAUGGCUAUUGGAGCAUGGCAAGAGCGUGGCAGCUGCAGGUAAAACACGAGACUGA